AUGGCACACCACAAACGACUUCGCCACCUACACUGCCGUGCUGCGGGCAAUUUGGCGCCCUCUGGUGAUCAUGCGAGCGUAUUGCCAACCGGGUACCAUUCUCUGGUCAUCGUUCAAUUCGACACUGACCUCUGGCCACCUGGCAUGAUGGUCACUGAAGAUAUAGAGGACGAGUAUGUUGUGGUCAACGAUUGGCAUGAGACGACCGCAUCGCGCCAUAAGGCAGCUGUGAAAGAAUGGGCUCUCAAGUACGAGGAGCUAGAGUCGUCGAAACACUUCCGACUGCUGAAGCUGAAAUCUAAGAAGUGUGAUGAAGAAGUCUUCUGCAGCCUCCGACAAUGCGAGAUCGAUGCCAGUCCGCCCUACGAGGCUCUUUCCUACACAUGGGGCAACAGGGACCCUACUCACGUCCUUCCGAUAUACAACACAUCUCUGGAGGGCUGCUCGGGGAGGGUGAUGUACAUCCACAUCAGCCCAAACUUGUUCAAGAUCCUGUCACACUUCAGAGACCCAGACGACGGUACUUGGCUAUGGGUUGAUGCUCUGUGCAUUGAUCAACUCUCCUAUGGCCAACGCAAUCAGCAAGUCAGACUCAUGGGUACAAUAUAUGGGAAAGCGUUCAAGGUCGUAGCGUGUUUGGACUCUGACGACUUGUCGCCGCAGACGGAAAGAGACGUCCUCACAGGGCUUGAAUUCUUACGCACAGCCAUGCGUGGGAGAGGUGACAAAAAUGCUACUGAAAAAUUGGCAGGGUAUUGUGGACGCACUGAUCCAUGCGAAGAGAACCGGGCCAAUCCCGACCAUCGAGAUGGUGCUUGA